UGCGGAGCGAGCAGGGCCCCGGGGGGAGUGUGGGGUGCUGGAGGGGGCCAAGCCCCCGGUGACGAUGUGGCCAAACCCGAGGACUCCUGGGUUCUGCCCUGGGAUCUGGGAAUGACCCAGGUGAUAAGGGCCGGACGGGCGAGGUGCCCGUGUUCAUUCCCAGCUCCUGGCACCGCCGAUUUCAGGGCAGCCGUCCCCUCUGUGCCUCAGUUUCCUCUAGGCAGCAGCACGGCGCGGUGAAGCCCCUACAACCAGCCGUCCCCGUCCCCCCGCUGCAACACCACGGCCCCGAGCUGAGCCGGCUCAGGCCCGGGACAGCGUGGGAAGGGGCAGCUCGCCGUGCAGCAGCCCCCAUCGUGGGGAAGGGAAAGCUUCCCAGCCCAAACCGCAGAGCCCAGGCAGCCUAGGAAGUGUCUGAGCUGGGCCGGGGCUGCCGCAGCGCUGCGGGUGCGUUGGGGUCCCAUCUCCAGCCAGCCCGGCUCGGCAGCCGGAGGGGCAGAGCUGCGUGAGAGCUUGUUUUGCAGUUCCCCAGCUCGGCUGGGCGGCGGGGAAGCCCAGGCUGCCCGGGCACGUCCAGCCCGCAGCUGCAGCUCUUCCCUCCGGGCGCCGUCCGGAGCCAAGCCUGGCUCCCCCGGGGAGCACCCAGGCUGGGUUUUACUGCUUGAGGAGCCUUGUUCCCCCACCCCCGGGCGGGAGAGGAAGAGGUGGAGGAGCUGGAGAGUGGGAGAUCUGGGUGCUUUCCCUUUACCCGGGUCUCGCCUCCUCCUCGCGCUCGGCGCUGGGACCCCGCGGAAGGGGCUGUCGUGUUCCCCAAGGAGCGAGGGAUGAGCAGGGCUCGCUUCCGCCGGGGAUCAGAGGAGGACAAGCUGAAAGCCCAGGCGCCCGGGAGCGCGGAGGAGCUGCGGUGCCUGCAGGUUAUCAACCAGCAGCAGGAGGGCUCCAGCCUGGAGGAGCUGAUCAGCAACCAGUCCUGCCUCAAGCUGGCCAACACCAUCAAAGCCUACGUGGCCACGGUGACAGAGGACGUCGUCCGCAGGAGCGCGGUGAAGGAGGCCCGGCGGAGCGCCUUCAACACCUCAAAGGGGCAGGUUCCUCCCAAAACAGCCGGCAAACCCUCGGCACAUCUCACCCUCCGCCCGCAGAGCCUGGCCCAGGAUGGGAACUCCAAGCGCUUCGGGAACCUCUCCCAGUCCUGCCGCCACGCCAUCGCCCGCUGGGAGGACAGCACCAUCCACUCCCACCUGCAGAACAUCACGUACCGGGACGGCCGGCUGCGCGUCAACCAGGCGGGCAAGUACUACGUCUACUCCCAGAUCUAUUUCCGCUACCCCAGCGACGGGGCCGGCGCCCGCGUCUCCGUCCCGCAGCUCGUGCAGUGCAUCAACUGGAAGACGUCCUACAGCCAGCCCAUCCUCCUCCUCAAAGGGGUCGGCACCAAGUGCUGGGCGCCCGAAGCGGACUACGGGCUCCACGCCCUCUACCAGGGGGGACUCUUCGAGCUGAAGGCCGGCGAUGAGCUCUUCGUCUCCGUCUCCUCCUUGGCCAUCGACUACAACGACGCAGCAGCCAGCUACUUCGGGGCUUUCCGGCUCGACCUGUGACCAGCCGCCGCCGCUUCCCACCUUCCCGCUGCUCCUGCCCACCCGUCCUCUCGCGUGGCCCCGGGGGGCAGCAGCUGUUCCAGCGCGGGGUCCUUCCCUGUGUGACUGACCGUCCCCUGCGGCGAGGGACGAGGAGGAGGAGGGCGCGUUGGGGGGCUGGGGGGGGGUGGCUGCCCGCCGGGACCCGCGGCGCUGGGUGCCGCACGAGGAAGCCCACGAGCCAGGAAGGGUCUGCGAGGGCCCACGGGAGACAUGAGGCAGGGAGGGGGGGGGGGGACGGGGACGGACACACACGACACGCACAACGUCCCAGCCCCCCGUGGCGUGUCACCUCCCUGGCUCUCGUGGGAGCACAUGGCGCAGGCAGCACCGAGGGGGGGUGUCCCCGUUUGUGACCCCAAGACGAAGCGUCCCCGGGGCGGGGGGGGGACGAGCCUCUGCAAGGCAGACCCCCACCGCUGGCGGGGGACCCCGAGCCGGCACCCCCGGGGGGGGGACACCAGGGGCCAGCCCGUGGGUCCGGCAGCGGCCACGUGAAGGAGUCUCCAUGCGGGUUAAUUGGAAACCCCGGGGGCGAUGCCGGCAGCCGGGUUUCGGGGGAGGUGGAAGAGCAGGGCCACGAAGCUGAACUAGUCACCAGCCCAAGCAGCCGCAGACAGGCGCGUUUUGCCCCAGCCGGGCUGCACAGCACCAUCCAGCCUGGGAGCUGGCCAUCGCACCCCCCCUUCGCUUCUGACCAAGCAUCCCCGGGGCUUCUGGUCCUCCCAGCCCCGUUGCCCGGGCCAGCGCAGCCAGGGCCAGCGUGGUGGCCACCUGCUCGCCCACGGCUUUAGCCCCGGCCAGCGUUAACCUGCAGGAUUUUGGCUCGUGGGUGAGCGGCAGCGGCGCAGGACCCCGGAGGAGCACAGCCCACCCCUCGGUGUUUAAGGCCCUGUCAGACGCAGAAGGUGGGUUCAAGCAGGGCAGAGCACGGGCGAGCCGGGCGCCCGUGGGUGCUGGGGUGGACACAGCCCCCCCCUCUGUAAUUACCUGUAUAAUCUCUGUAUCAUAUAAAGACUGUUGGUGUGUAUGGACAGGAAUGCAGCACAGACCCCCACGAAGGGUACAGGCACCCCCCACGCGGGCACGGCGGCGGGGGUGGGAGCGAGGGGGCUCUCAGUGCUGGUUUAAAUAAACCCUGUACUCCAGCA